AAACUCACCAACUCCGCCCUCGUCCCCGCGGGAUCCCGGAGCCCGAGCCGGCCUGGGGCCGAGGCCGCCCGAGCCGCGCUGCGAGCGAACAUGGCAGCAGAAUGAGAAGGCCGGCGUCGGGUCGUGGCCGCCGGCGCCGCGCUGCAGCUCGAGAUCCGCGCCCGGCGCCCUCCGAGCCGCGUGCUUAGCCGGCCUCCUGGUGGCCGCUGGAUUAUUUCAUUUGGAGCCGAGGGCGGGCGAGCAGGGGGACCCCGCAGCCGCGCCGGUCCGUGCUCUGGCUGGGUGUAGAGGCUCGUGCGUGCGAGUCGCCGGCUGCGGAAACCACGCGGGAGAGAGCGGGUCCCGGGCUGCGGCGGCGCGGACGCGGGGAUGAGCCGGCCAUGGGGCGGCCUCGGCGGGGCUCGCGGAGCCGGCCGGCGCUGCGGCGGGGGCGCUGCCUGAGCCGGGGCUCCGCGGGGCUUCGGGGCCUCGGACGCCCCGGGGGGGUCCCUGCCACCGCCCCCGGGAGGGACGAGAGCCCCGCGUGGCGGACACUGCAGCAGACGCCGUACUGAGGCGCCCCGAGCCUGCUCCGCCUGCAGCUCGGUGCGCUCUCGGCACCCGGGCGCCUUGCCCGGGGCACGGGCGGCUGGCGCACCGCCGCGAGCCGGGUGCAGGACUGGCUAGAGGGGUGUGUGUGUGGGAGUGUUCGAUUGGAGAUCUGAGCUAUAGCAGAACCCGGCGGACCAGAGCAGCCAUGCUUCCCGGGGUGGGCGUGUUCGGCACCAGCCUCACGGCCCGUGUCAUCAUCCCGCUGCUGAAAGAUGAGGGCUUCGCGGUGAAGGCGCUGUGGGGCCGCACGCAGGAGGAAGCCGAGGAGCUGGCCAAGGAGAUGAGCGUCCCCUUCUACACCAGCCGCAUUGACGAGGUGCUGCUGCAUCAGGACGUGGACUUGGUGUGCAUCAACCUGCCGCCGCCCCUCACCAGGCAGAUCGCUGUCAAAACCCUGGGCAUCGGCAAGAACGUCAUCUGCGACCGCACGGCCACCCCGCUGGACGCCUUCCGCAUGAUGUCGGCCGCCCACUACUACCCCAAGCUCAUGAGCAUCAUGGGCAACGUGCUGCGCUUCCUGCCGGCCUUCGUGCGCAUGAAGCAACUCAUCGAGGAGGGCUACGUGGGCGAGCUGCUGGUGUGCGAGGUGCAGGUGCACAGCGGCAGCCUGCUGGGCAAGAAGUACAACUGGAGCUGCGACGACCUGAUGGGCGGCGGCGGCCUGCACUCGGUGGGCACCUACAUCAUCGACCUGCUCACCUUCCUCACCGGCCAGAAGGCCGUCAAGGUCCACGGGCUGCUCAAGACCUUCGUGAAGCAGACCGACCACAUCAAGGGCAUCCGCCAGAUCACCAGCGACGACUUCUGCACCUUCCAGAUGGUGCUGGAGGGCGGGGUGUGCUGCACCGUCACCCUCAACUUCAACGUGCCAGGCGACUUCAAGCAGGACGUGACCGUGGUGGGCUCGGCCGGGCGCCUGCUAGCGGUGGGCACGGACCUGUACGGGCAGCGCAACGGCGCCCCACAGCAGGAGCUGCUGCUGCAGGACGCCACGCCCAUCAGCAACUCCCUGCUGCCCGAGAAGGCCUUCAGCGACAUCCCGUCGCCCUACCUGCGCGGCACCAUCAAGAUGAUGCAGGCCGUGCGCCAGGCCUUCCAGGACCAGGACGACCGGCGCACGUGGGACGGGCGGCCGCUCACCAUGGCCGCCACCUUCGAUGACUGCCUGUACGCCCUGUGCGUGGUGGACACCAUCAAGAGGUCCAGCCAGACGGGCGAGUGGCAGAACAUUGCCAUCAUGACCGAGGAGCCCGAGCUGAGCCCCGCCUACCUGAUCAGCGAGGCCAUGCGACGCAGCAGGAUGUCCCUGUACUGUUAGCGCAGGACUGGGGACCUGGGGCGGGGGGGAUGCAGGUGCUCCACGUGGAGCCCAGAGAGCGAGGGAAGGGGGAGCGGGCAGAGGCGGCCUGGAGGAGUGCAGGGCGGGAAGGUGGUGAGGGGGCAGUGUGAGUAAGUGGCAUCCGAGGAGGUGAAUCCGAGCCCGGGUGAGGGGCACCGAGGAAGACUGUUGGCAGGCCGAGCUAGUAACAGCCUGGGAGUAUUGGGGGGGGCAGGGGGGGCGCCUGCCAUUCCUGACGUCAUGCCUGCCGGCCAUUUGCAUGAAGGAGAAAGGCUUAGCUUCUGAUGCCCCUUAUCAUGAGAAGCAGAGAGGGCGUGCUUUCCUCCUCACCUCAUCCACCCCCUUCACCUUGGCCUCCUUGGCAAGCCACAGGCUCCUGCCAUCGGUC